AUGGAGAACGGACCGAAUGAAUUGACUGAGGAUGAAGGGAGUCCUCUUGUCUCUGUUCCGGCAACGUCAGAACAACAAGAAGACCAUCGUGUCGACAACAGCGGUGAACGCGAGUUCGGCGGUGCAGUGGGAGUCAGCUGCAUGAUGAUUGGCUUCCCUCUACUCAUGUACUACAUGUGGAUCGGAGCAACCUUUUACAAUGGUCACUUACCCUCUCGCACUCCCGGACAAAGCUGGUCUGCUUUGUUUUCCCACCUGGGAAACCUCUGCUACGAACAUGCUUUCCCUCACCUCAAGGCAUGGACAAUCUAUUGGACCUUCUUGAUCUUCGAAGGCGCUUGCUACCUUUACAUGCCUGGUGUCUACGGCAAAGGCAAAAGACUACCCAGUCUCGAUGGCAAGCAAUUGGAGUAUUACUGCUCAGCAGUGUGGAGUUGGUACACCACCAUUAUCCUCGCCGUUCUCCUCCACGUUUCUGGUCUCUUCCCUCUCUACACCCUGAUCGACGAAUUCGGCUCCAUCAUGAGCGUAGCAAUAAUCUCUGGCUUCCUCGUCUCCUUCAUCGCAUAUUUCUCCGCUUUGCAUCGCGGAGCUCAACACCGCAUGACUGGCUCCCCCAUCUACGACUUCUUCAUGGGUGCAGAACUCAAUCCUAGACUUUUCACUUGGUUGGACUUUAAGAUGUUCUUUGAAGUCAGGAUUCCAUGGUAUAUUUUAUUCUUGACUACGCUGGGCGCUUGUGCGAGACAGUACGAGAGAUAUGGUUACGUUUCUGGUGAAGCUUUGUUUUUACUGAUGGCGCAUUUCUUGUAUGCGAAUGCUUGUAGCAAGGGUGAAGAGUUGAUUAUCACCAGUUGGGACAUGUACUUUGAGAAAUGGGGCUUCAUGCUCAUCUUCUGGAAUCUCGCCGGCGUGCCACUCAGCUACUGUCACUGCACGUUGUACAUCGCCAACCAUGAUCCUGCAGAGUAUCACUGGAACCCUUACCUUCUGACCCUCCUCUUCAUCACCUACCUCUUUGUGUACUGGAUCUGGGACACGGCAAAUUCGCAGAAAAAUAUGUUUAGAGCACAGGAAAGAGGUGUAGAGUUGAAUCGAAAGACUUUCCCGCAGUUACCGUGGAAAGCGGUCAAGAAUCCUGUGGCCAUCAAGACAAAGACUGGUGAUUCGAUUCUGUGUGAUGGGUGGUACGGCAAAGCCCGCAAAAUCCACUACACCUGCGAUCUCUUCUUCGCGCUUUCUUGGGGCGCCAUUACGGGCUUCGAUUCACCUUUUCCUUGGUUUUACCCUUUGUUCUUCGCUUGCAUGAUUGUGCAUAGAGCCAUUAGGGAUAUUCAGAAGUGUAGAGAGAAAUACGGGGAGGCUUGGAUGGAGUACGAGAGGAGGGUCCCUUGGUUGUUUGUGCCGGGUGUCGUAUAG